AAGGUCGUCUCGAGGCGCUUUGUUCAAAAUUGUGCGUUUAAAGCUGACCAAAGAGUGGUCAUCACUGUAAGGCUAUUUGGACAUAAGACGGGUUAGAAGCCCUCAAGAAAUUCGUAAACUAUGAAUUCCACACCAGUGACAGAAUUCGACUUUAUAUCUGCACUUCAAGCUGUUGGAGCCUCACAUAAAUUAGAAGAGUCGACUACAUCAUCAUCUGAAUCAAAAUCAACUUUGAAUGAUUUAUCAAUGGAAACAAUAUCAAAUGCUUCAUCGGAUUCAUUUCCAGUCUUUGGUCGCUCCGAAUCUUUUCGUAUUAUCCACAAUCUAGUUGAGGGCUUAUUACAAGUACAAACACGUGAUUCAUCUACAGCACCUCGUCACUUAAAUGCAGUACUAUCAUCACUGUUACGAUUUCUUAAUGAUUCUAAUUCUGAUGUACGCAUAGCAGCAGAUGAAGGUUUGAACAAAAUUAUAAAGUUCUUACGCUCAAGUAUGACACAUUUAAUUUUAUUUGAACUAUUUAUGGAACUGAAACGUAAUCAGAAACCAAGGUCUGUGUCAGUUGCCAUGUCAAAGUUUGCUGCAUUGGCUUCACAAAUCAGAACCUCAAAACGCAGAUUCUAUGCUAUCAACUUACUGUCGGCUUUUAUUUCAAUAUGUGAACAAGAGGAUGAUUUACUGUAUGAGAAUUUGAUUGAUUCCUUCGGACAAAUUGCAAAUGAACUGUUCUAUUACGCAACUGAAAAAGAACUACGUAGUUUUCUACGUACACAAUUUAAAAGAUUAUCAUCAAGUAAAGCAUUAGUACGUCGUUCAAUAGCUCAACUGCUUGUAAUCACAUGCCAAUCAUCGCGUGUACCACUCACUUUAUUACGUUACUUACUUCAUUUAGUACUAGUGGAAAUGGAUUCACUCACUGUUGAUUCUUGUACAGAACCGGCAAAAACUAAUAGUGACUUAUCAACAGCUUAUAGUUUCAUCACAUAUUAUUGGACAGGUUUAUUCAAUACAAUACGUUAUAUAUCUAUUGGUUGGGAACAAAUUUCAAAUAAUUUUACGAAGAGUUCAUCUUUUCUAAAUUUACAUAUACCUCUGAAUUCAUCAAAACACUUAGAUUUUCUAAAUAAUCUACCUUCUCGAAUAAAUGAUCCAGAAAGUCCAGAACUACCUAUUACAGAUGACUCAAUUCUUCUUUCAUCAAAUCAACACAACCCAGAUACAGAUGAUUCUUCAAGAAAACUACCCAUCCAUAAAACUGAUUACUCAGAAUUAGAUAAUAAAAUGUGGUCAAAAGUAUUUUUUACUUGUUUACAUCAUGGAUGCAACCUGUCUUCCCUAAAUUCACUGAUGAUACAGACAGCUGCUUUGGAGGCUUUUGUACAAUUGUUGACUGUUAGACGUCCCCUUUUUUUGUAUCCUUCUAUCUGGCUUACAAGUAUCACGUCAUCAACAUCACCAUCCACAACAACCAAUCAAAGUUCAGUUAGCGAUAUUAUUGCCAAUGAUAUGUUGUAUGAUAAAACAAACAAGUCUUCACCUCAGCAGGAUGAACUCAGUGUUCAUGCUAGUUUUCAAAGUGAAACUUAUGAUGUUGUUCCAACCGACUGUUUACUACAAAUACCAUCCUCAGAGUCUGUCAACAGUAGAAGUCCCGAAUCAGAUUUCCAGUCUGUAGACAGUCGUGGUACAUUUUUCAUCAGAUCAGUUUCCUCUUCAAGCUUAUCUUCCUCUGUGAAAAUGGAUUCAAAUGAGACAACUUCAAAUGAAGAAGAGAUUCGUAAUCAGUUAUCUGUUGUUCGUGCUAAACUGGCAAAAGAUGAAGAAAAACUGGUGAACAAUGAAAAUAUUGAUGUGUUCAGUGAUUUUGGUUAUGACAUUAUUGAAGAUUCAAUGAGGAAUGUACAAUCUGUUCAAACUGAUGAUAGUCAUGACUCAACGAAUGAAAAUGAACACAUUCAAGAUGUAAAAGAAACUCCUGUUCAUCAACCAAAGUUUUAUCCAUUAAGCCUAGUUGAUAUUAUUAGCCAUAUGAACAGUGAAAAUGAACCGAUAAAUGUGAUACAAGCUGAUUGGCUACUACCCUUUCUUCUAUUGUCAUUUGAUAUGAUGCCUAAAACUGUUGACAAUACAAAACUCCAAUAUGAAUGGCCAAGACCUUUAACACUACCACGGACUAGUUUACAUUUACUUAUUAUUAAUUGUCUAACCAAUUUAGCUCAAUUAAACCCUAUGUUUUUCUUUGUCCAAUUAAAUGGGAAUCAAUGCUGCCCUAGUGAUCAACUCAGUCGGGAACAUGUUCAAUGGCCAACUGCAGUUGACGUGAUUCUGGAAUUUCACAAUAGUAGUGCAGAUCCACAAGUUCAAGGUCAACUCUGUGUGCUCAUCGGCAAUUUGAUUAAUGCGUGUUUAAUUUGGCAAAACCUGAAUUGUGAUGAGUUUAAUGGCUUAUUGAACAAACAGAGCUGUCAACAGCUGUCGGUGCACAAAAGCCUGGAAUGUCUUUUCAGUCAACUAGAAACAUAUUUAAACUCGAAUGUUUCUGGUAUAACAUUCCGAUGGGCUUUAUCCGGUUUACGAGCAUGUUCUGGUGCUUUACUUUCGUGUAAUAGGCUUACAUCAUCAUUAUCAUUAUGCUCAGAGAAAUCACACAUAUCAUCUGAUAGAGAAUUAAUAAUCCAUCGUUUUAUGAAGGUAUUAACCUCAGUUGUAAUUCAUGCAUCACGUCAUCCUUAUCGGUUAGUUCGACGUGAAUUAUUAAAUCUUAUCAUGGAAUUUGAUUGGGCAUCUGUUUGUUACUUGGAGGAAAUACAAAGAACUCAUGAUUUUGCAAAGUGUACUUGGUUUUCUGUAAAGCCAAUGAGACUAAUUGAUUUAACAUGGACAGAAUGUUGGCGCAUUCUUUGUGACGCUGAUCCUGAUUUGCGUGAACAGGCUUCGAUUGCAUUGAUUGCUUUAUGCUCAAAUCUGACGAGUGGUAUUAAUGAUAAUUUAGGUAUAUCUAUUGGCGAGUUAUUACCGAAUCGCGUUAAUCGUAGUUUACAGUUCUGGUUACCACAGUCAUAUUCACAAACUAAGUCAAAUGUUUCAUGUUUUGGAUUAGUCGGUUGUUUGGGCACCUACAGUUUACCUCCAUGCUUGUCCACUUUACCAUUGGAGAUGGAUGUUGGACCCGUUGGACGGCAGUUCUGUCAAUCAAAAAUGUCUCAAUUGUUACAUUUGGAGAAAGAAAAUAAUAACAAGCUUAAGCCAACGGAAUAUUUUCAACCAAACAGUACAGGAGCUACACGUCUUUUUCGCAACUGUCUAACUGCUUUGAUGGAAUUACCGUGUUCUAGUUACUUACCCGAAGACCAUUAUAUGCUGCUUGGUGUGGUCAGCUGCUUGAAUCGCUUAAUUGGAUUCUCUCAUUUACUCAGUUAUUCUCACUUGUGGUUUGAGUUACCGUCACCAACAGAUAAUGUAUCGUCAAAUGGUCAUCAAGUGGAAACUUCUAUACAACCUUCAAGUCGUAGAUCACGUCUAUCAUUGUUGUCGUGGCAUAGUCUUACUCUUUUAUCAUCAGUUCCUAUAACGUCUACUGAUUUGGAGCUUCAUUCUUCAUUGUUACACUUAUGUACUGGCUGUAUAAUACGUUGGUCUAUUUUUACACUGUUGGAUAAGUCCUCAAGGAGUGACAAGAAUAUUGAUCAUUGUAUUGAAUCCCAUAUUCCAAGUAGUCAAAAACCAUUCACUCGCUUCGCCUUAGCCUUUAUGCAACAUCUAAUGAGGGUUUGCUGCAUUCUAUGGCAUGUUUUUGAAGGCAUUCCUCUGCCACAACAGAACCAAUCAGAUUCAGUAAUAUCUAAAAUUCCUAUCGGUUCAAUGUACUCUGGCAUAUCAGAGACGUUUAUGCAUACAGUAGCAAAUAUAGCUCAAACAAGUACCAAUUUCCCUCUAAAUAAAAAUAAUCAAGAUACAACUAUCUCCUCAAAUAAUAUUGGCAAUAGUGCUAGUACAGAUGCAACCAGUAAAAGAAAAUAUUAUGGGACAAAAUUAAGCGGUUCAUUAAGAAAACAUUUACCAGUACCUCGUUACUCGCCAACAUCUCCAACCUCAAAUCUGGGAUAUUUUGCCAACCUACCACAUUAUGUGUCUUUGUAUAAAACUGUUAAGACAGCAUAUAAAACGUUCAAAAUAUCAUCUGAUUUAACUGGUUCUCAUGAUAGAUCAAUGUAUUUACUACAAACCUGUCUAUACUCUUUUGGUCGAUUAUUGGAAAAUCUUCAUUUCAAUGAAAUCGCUCCAUACGCCGAUGAAUUACUGAUGUAUUUAUCUUCAUUUUAUAAUUGGCAACCUGGUGGAUGUUUAGAAUUGGCGACUCAGCUACUUCGAGCAUUUGUGGGUACAAACCUUUGUAAUCAAUGGGAUGAUCAGUUAUCACGAUUGUAUUCAGAAGCCUUAAACUCUACAGUUUUAUAUCAAUGUGAAAAGAAUGAAGAGGAGAAAUCUAUAAAUAACAAUCAUAAAAGUACUAUCGAUCACCAUAUUCGUAAACUACUGCUACAAAAUAAAACUGUUACAAACUAUUUACUCAAUCAGAAUGCAGUAAAAGAGGAUAGGGCAUGCUGUUGGAUUACAAGGCCAGAAUUUCAUCAAGCUCCAAUUUCCGCUUGGAUUCGAUUCGCUCGUCAACGUCGUAUUCCGAUCGGUCUUGAGUAUGCUAACAGUGCAGAUCGAGCAUCAAUUCAAACGAUGACUAUGUCAGCGCUGAAAAUAAAAUCUGAUGUUCAGUUGUUUUUUAAACGUCUUGAACACAUUGUCCUACGUGGUAUAGAAAAUUAUAAAUGGACAAAUAGUUAUUCACUUCAAGCUGGUAUAUUGGAUUUACUUAUUCAUCUAAUAUACUUACGUAUGAAUUAUUGCCAACUUGAUGUACAACAGAAAUUUCUCAAUACUGUGAUUGGUCAUUGUGAAAAUUUAGCCACAGAAAUUCAACGUAUUGAAACAAUCUCAUUGAUGAAUAUUAAUUCAUUGUAUCAUCAACAGACUAGCAAAGGAAGUCAUCAUUCGAAUUAUAAUAAACGUUUUUCGUUAUCAUCAUCAUCAUCAUACUCUGCUUUUCGUGGUGAAUGUCAUAGUUCUGACUUACUUCUGUUUCCUACAAUCAAUUUAAGAGAACCAACUAUCCUUCAUCAGCAUCAACGUCUUGUCAAUGCUAUCUUUCGUUUCUUAAUCAUUUUAACAUAUCAAAAUCUUACUAUCUCAUCAAUAUCAUCUACAUCAUCACCUUCAACAACAACAUCCUUAUCAUCUAAACAUACUGAUUCAAUUAGCGCAGAGAAUUCAGUUAUUGCUACUAUGUCGUCUACCAGCACCAUUGGUAAUGAAAAUGAAGAAGCAGUCGAUUCGCGUCUUGUUGAAUUAAGUCAAGUUGUACAUUUAGCAGAAACAUUGGCAGCAGAAACUCGAGACCCUAGUGGUGUUGUAUUGACUGCUAUGAUCCCAGUUAUUGUUGAUCUAUUUGUUAUUCAACAACCAAUAAAUCAACGAAUGUACAAGCAAGCUGAGAAUAAUGACUCAAACAAGAAAUAUAGAAUGCUACAAGCAGAUGCUCAACGUGAAACUAUUUUCAGCUUCCUUCUACGUCGACUUAGUCACUUACCAGCUUGUUAUGAUCAAAUAUCACUGAUACUUGAAGAGGUCAAUAUUUCAACAAAAAUGUGUACAACUGAAAAUGUUAUACCUUUAAUUGACAGUUUGAUUCAGAUCUCAGAUCAUAUUCUGUCUCAUCAGGCUGCUGGUACAGCUCAAAUUGAUAACUGUGCCGAUUUUGAUGCACUUCAACGUCUAUUGAAUCAUAUCAUUAUAAUCAUUCAUUCUUUGGAUGGAAAUGAAUCAUCUUCUCUAGUGUGGAAUCUUAUCACUAAGGUUGAAGAAGUUUACUAUGGUGAAAUUAAUCCUAAAAUCCUUUUAGACUGCUACAACAUAACUCAUUUUAUACGUUGGACUGUAACACAAGUGUACUGUAGUCGUUUCUUCUUUCAUUUACUUAAUUGUGGAAUGAAUUCACCUCAACCGGCUGGUUACAAUAUCUCGAAACAAGUUACAAAAAUGUUUGAACAUUCGCUUGUCGUAUUUCAACAAAUUGUUCAAGGCAUUAAAUUUUUCGUACUGUAUGAUCCAUCGUCUGUUGGUCAGUUAACUAGUCUGCGAUUCGAUUAUACACGGAAGUCUACUAAUAUGAUUCUUUUGAUGCAUUUAUCACUGACUCAUGUACUUCAUCUUACGGAACUUGUGAGGUCAGAUCUUUGGAAAAAUAUUCAUUGGGAUGUCGGGAACAUUACCUCAGUAAUUCAAGAUAUUCAUAAACAAAUAUAUACACUUGGGAAAUAUGAACCAUUAUUGUGUGUGUUAUGGUAUCAUCUGAUCUAUGCAAAAGAAUUGGAUUUUAUGAAUAUGUUGACGAGAACUCCUCGAUCUGGUAAUAAUGAUGAAUACCAUUAUAUCUCAACUGAAGUAUUCUUGCCAAAUUUCUUUGGUGAUUUAGAAUGGCCCAGUAUAAAUUCGGAAAUUGUAAAUCAGUCAUUAUUGAUAUAUUAUAUCCAAUCACAAUUAAAUAUGAACACGGAAGUUGGUUCUAUCCUCCAACAUCUUUUACUGCCAGUAGCUGACUGUUAUGAGAAAUAUUCUUCCCGAGGGAAAAUUCUACGAAUACUAAAUAUGUGGUAUCUUAAUGAGCCUGUAAUUUGUACGUUUACGGCAUUGUUAUUGAAAUCGAAGACUGCAUGUCAACGAUUUCAUAAUGCGUGUAUGGAGAACCUUUCUUUCAUGUCACUUGGCCAAAUACGCUUUGUUCUGAAUAACAUGUUUAAUGAAAUUCAUUCAGAGUCAGUGAAUUAUCAACUCGAAACAUUAUUCAGCAUAUUUCUCACAUCUCAAUGUAAAACUGUACAGUCUGAAAAGAAUAAACAUUGUGCAUCUUGUGUAAGAAGUGGCCUACCGAUUAGUCUACGAAUAAUUGCAUCAGCUAAAACUUGUAAUAUAUUGGAAUGGAUCAUUCAAAGUAAUAAUAAUCCCGAGAACAUAAUAAAACAUCACGUCUUGGUAGACUAUCGUUCACGUUUGACAUCACUGGAGAAUAACUUAAAGUCCAAUCGACUUCUCAGUUUACUUGACCAACUUGUCGCGUGCGUAAGUAAGAAACGUGAACAAAAUGCAGAAUAUAAUCUUGCUGGGAAGAUGACGCAUAGCAAUAUCGAGUCAAUUUUAAAGCAACCUAACGAAAUUAGUUGGUUAUUGAAUUCAGCAAAAGAUCUAUUAAAUAAUCGUGAUUUGUCGGCCACAUUGAACGGUAUUCGACUUAUUCAUGCAUUGUUAGAGUGUACUACUAUUAAAGAGAAGAAAAUUUCAACUAUUCUUAAUUCAGUUUGUCUUCGAUGUUCACCACGAAUGCUUUAUUAUGCCUUAGUACGGGGUUCUUCAUCUGCAUCUACAUCAUCGUCUACUUGUAUUCCUUCAACACCUGAUAUUACUAGUCUGCUGCCUAAAUCUGGUCCAAAAACAUCACGUAUCACUCCUUGUGUCAAUGUUCUAUUCCGAGUUGCUCAAAAACUCCUCUUCAAAAAUAUACAAGAUAUUGUAACAAAUCCUAUUGAAUUAUUCAAAGAAACUUCAGAUUCAACAUUGGUGGAUUCUGUACAAGCCUAUUUGACUGGUUUAUCGUCUGCAUUAUUAGAAUUUCUUCGAGUCCUACCACAUUUACCGUCAGUCGAUCUAGUACCAAUUGAAAGAGAAACAGAUGCAUUAAGUUUUCUACUCGUUCUUAUUGAGUUCUUCUUCUUCUCAAUGGGUUAUCCAUAUACUCAAGUAACCAGUGUUUGUUCAGGUUGUGGUGGUGGUACUGUUGCUGGCAGCGAUUCAAUAACCCAACCACAGACUAUAGACAAAGAUACUAAUUAUAUACCUAAAAGACACUUCAUGAUAUCUGUAACUCUGAUACAAAAUACUCUUCGAUUAUUGAAUUAUGUUUUACAAACAGCAUCAAAUCGUUCUGCUAAAGGAGUUGAUUUAUUCGGUGGAGAUGGAAAGAAAAUUCUGUCAAUUUUCCUUGUUUUUGUUUGGAUGAUCGAUAAGUCAGCGUGUCUUUCUGAGUACACCACUUUCUGGUCUAAAUCAACAAAUGAGCAUAUGAUGCAAGCUGUACAUAAAAUACUAACUGAUUGUACUCAACGGACAACAGCAGUAACAUCGUUAACAGAACUGUCCACAACAAUCCUAUUGAAUAAUUUACUCAUUCCUAUCUAUCCACCUACCAUGGGUAUAUGGUGGCCUGAUCCUCUCUGUGCAUCAACCUUAUCACAAUUCUGUGCAACAAGUGUAGCAUGUGCAUCAUUUGCUGCACUGAAUUCUACAUCCUCUUCGAAUUCAACAACGACUCAUCAAACUAGAUCAGGUAAUAUAAAUCUACAAGGAGGUUUAAUUCAACCAUGUCAACUAAUUGGAAAGUGUAGAUUGAUACGUUCUAAUUUAGACCUACCAACAGGAUCGGAUACAGUCAAUCAAUUGAAUAUUUGCACUUUAGGAAUUUCUCGUCUUCUGCAUACUUUGGAUGUGUCAAGUUCACAUGGUUACAGUUCAAUGAAUACAUCAUUUCAUGAAUCAGAUCAUGUUAAGAGAUCAGAUUUUUUAAAUUCAUUUGUAAAUAUGGAUUUAGAUCAUUUAACAUUGAACAUUACACAUCUUAGUGCUAUGGGUUGGUUGGAUCGUAGAGAAUUUGAACGUAUAUGGACAACAUACUUGGAAUUAUUAUCAUCUGCAUCAGAUACAAAUCAAAAUAUCUAUUCAGUUUCCUUAGAAUCGAAUAAUGCACAGUUGACAAGCUCCGAAGAACUGAUUGAAUGCAACCAAUCUAUUGUAAUUGGUCUUCGUGGUUUAACACGUUUACUCAUGGAUACGUCUUUGAAACCUCAACCCGGUGAUACACUUUACUCUCGAAUGCAUCAUCAUUCUCGUCUCGGUAUACCACAUUUCUCUCACACAAAACUUGGUCGAAAAUUGAUCUCAAUGUUAUCUUUCAUUGAACAAGAACGGAACUAUUUAAACAAGUCUAGUGAAUAUUCUAUGAAUACAUAUUCAAUACACUCAGAAUAUUGUAUGAAUCAAUUGAAUGAAACAGUUGACAUAAUCAAUUUAGAACGUUUAACUAACUCAUUCAUAGAUGGUCCAAGUCAAUUUGCAGUGGAUUGGUCUAUUCAACGUUUACAUAUGCGAGAAAAUUUGAAUACAAAAUCAGUUUGGUCUAACAAUGAAUCUGUUCAUGAAAUAGAUAAACUUCAGUCUUCAAUAAAAUCAUCUACUAGUCGUCAAUCUCUUAUCACUAACCUUCCAGUUUCAAAGAUUAAUCCUCGAGCACCUAGUAUUGUGACAUUGCAAAGUUAUGAAGAUCCUCUCUUCUCAUGCCUUCAAUCGUUACAAUUAUUUUACCAUUCGUGCCUUAAACCAGAACCCUCCCCUUUAAGAUCUGAUAAUGAAGAUAUAAACAGUCUACUAUGGGGUAAUUCAAAAGUUGUCGAUCUGUUCACAUCGAAUCCAACUACUAUCUCCACUUCUGUGUUGAAUAAAACUCCUACCUCUAAACAGACUACACGGAAUAAUACACCAUCGAUAAAAGGACCAGCUUUUGAUGUUUGGCAGUCAAUUCUUCAAUCAGCUAUUAUCCUGUCUGAUCUAUUUACAACACAAGAACAAUUUAUCUGGUUAAAUGAUCAUUUACAAGAUGCUGUGAAACAAUUACCAAUAUGGAAUGAAUUUCAAUCACCUAUUCAUUCAUGGUUAGCAUUAGGUAUUGCAAAGUGUACUGCAGUCUUAGAGUUAAUCAAUAGUUCACCAAAUAAUAUACAUGUACUUCAAUCAAAUUCUUUAGAACCAGCUGUUAAACAAUCAAUGAAUGCAAUUAAUUCUAGUUUAUUAACAGUACAAAAUGCUGGUUUACAUAGUUCAAUGUAUUUAUUACAUACUGCAUUAUUGAUUAGAACACAACCAUAUCAACAACAAUUACAACAGCAUAGUCCACCAACUGGUUCAAUAUUAUUAAAUGAACUUUAUAUAAAUUUAUGCAAUUAUCUGGAAAAGAAGAUAAACACCAUUUUUUCUAAUUCAAUAACAACAGCAUCAAAUUUAUUAAGCACUGAACCAUCAACUAACAAUGAGCUGUCGCUUUCAUUAACUGGGUCAUCUGGUAUGAAACGAUUUAUGCAAGCUGUACUUCAUCCAGGUGCUGCUAGUAAAAUUAUGAAUAUUCCUAAUGUGGAACGUGAAUCGUCCAUGAUGCAUAUAUCAAAUGUUGACCUGACUGAUCAUAUAGAAAGUCACCAAUUAAUUGUUCUGUCAACUGCCUUCUUUUUAACUGAACAUUUUUCUGGCCCACCAGUAUAUCCGAUAGUAACAGACUCAGGUAUGGGUAUUACAGAGAUGUUAUCUGGUCUUACAGCGAAUCUCUUCCGAUUAGCUCCAUCAAUGCUUGGUGAUACCCCUGUGGUGAAUCGAUUAAAAAGUGUGGGAUACAUUCAAAGUUCAUCGUUGAGUACAGGGACUACUGUUGAUUUAAGCUACCCACUUUCCGUUCAUAUGGCAUGGUGUCAAGGUAUUGAACGUCUCAUUCAAACUGGUCGUCUCGGAAAAGGCGCUAUUAGUAGUUUACAAAAAAUGUGCAUUAGUCGAAUACGAACCUGUCGUUCAGCCCAUAUCAGUUUUCUUGCUAUCCGUCUAUUAUUGACUUGUAUGUAUGCAAAUUUGGGUCGGUUAACUCAUCGAAUUCAGCAUCACCGACAGCAUCAGUUCAUGUCAACUACCCAGAAGUCAGACGAUAAUUUUAAUUCACGAAUUCAUGAGACAAAAAAUGAUCAGGUUACUGUACCAAGUGAAAAUGAUUCAAAAAUGCCUAGUCAAUCCACAGCAAAAUUUGAAUCAAAAGUAGCUGAUUCUGAUUCACUGGAGUCAUUACCUUCUUCAAUUCUACAAGAUUUUGAAAAUAUUUCAGCUCUUAUACAAGAAUCUCUUAAUUGUUUAUGGGAAAGAUUUCGUGGUGGUAUAUCACUUGUCAAUUCUCCAGUUCAAUCAACUCAUGGAUUACAAAUUCCUUGGACAAUGAGUGCAUGGACAAGUGUUAUUGAAGCUCGUCUAAUUGCCAGAUUGUUACCUUUAAUCAGUACUGAUAUAGCUCAAACAAUUGUUAGUUUACUAGGUAAACCAGAUACAAUGAACAAACAGUUUAAUGAUUCAUCGUCAAUAAUUGGUUGUGACACCUUGACGAAUUCUGUUUUAAAUAAACCAUUGGGUGAAUUCGCUCGUGCUGAUCAUGCCUUUCCAAAUUUAGCUGCUUCAAAUUUAACAGAGUUAUUUGAACGAUUUAUGCAAAAUGAAAAUGGUCAAAAUUUAAUUCGACAAUGGAUACUUCUUUCAUUCCCUACUCUUUUGAGUCGUCAACCGUCUGAUUUAGCCAUAUGGGCUUGUACUGUUUGUCUGUUGGCUGCAGCUACUGAUCAUAAACUACGAGCAGCAUUAUAUUUAUGCUAUGCAUACAAGUUACCCAACUCGGAAUCAACCAAUUCAUGGCAUACAACUAUCAAUAAUUCUCCUGUGAAUGCCUCACUUUUCAAUUCUACUACAAAUUUAUGCCUAAUUGAUCUUUUAUGCCUAGCAGCUUAUCAUUUUGUCACAGAUGGAUUGUUGAAACCUCUUCCAGUGUCAGAAUCCAAGAGUACAGUAUUCAAUCAACGUCAAGCUGAACGUAAUCAUUUUCUUCUUAUGAUUAAAGAUCAUUGUGAUACAAUCAAUAACAGUAUUGAUGAUAAUCACAAUAUUAGACGAAAUUCUUAUCUCAUUGAAGAAGAAUGUAAAACUAACUAUUCUCUAUUCUAUCAAUUGUACACAAUAGUUAGACAACAAGUUGAAAUAGAUACUUUAUAAAACAACAGAAAUAACACCACCACCACAUGGCUGUGCUUUUUUCUGAAAAAUAACAAGUGAAUUAAUAAGCAAUUCAAUUUAUUCAUUUAUUUAUUAUUCCUUUUUCUGAUGCACUAAUCCUCAUUCAUGUUUUAAUAUAUGCAUACUAUUUUGUAUAAUGUCAUUUAUGUCAUUAUAUUGCCUGUGUUCGGAUAUGAUAAGUCUUCAUGAUGACCGUUUGUAUACAGCAUAUAUGAUCGUAGUUUUGCUUCUCUCUCCCUCAGUGUGUGUAUACAAUCGCGUGCGUGCGUAGGUGUAUGUUUAAUUUUGGUCUGCAGAUCAGCCUGAGUGAUUUCCCACUACCCAAGUUGUUCAUUAGUAGUAUGUAUUAAUUUUCGUCUCUUUUCGGCCAAUAUCUUCCCCAACACAAUUUGAAAUUGUGUUUGCUUUUUUUAAAAAUUUAUUUAUUUAUUUUCGAAACUGUUUUUCACCAUGUUUACUUGAUUUGUUUCAUACUUGACCUCUGUCAAAAGAUGUGAUAUGUGUUAGUGAUGUCAAUGUUAUUUUCCUUUGGAUAUGAUCAUGCCAGGGAAAUGCAUUUAACACUGCCUAUCUGAUUAACCAACUGACUUUAAACGUCACCUUAGCAAAAACUGAAAUAACCAAUCAGACUUCUCUGUUUUAUG